AUGUGGGUGACAUCUACUGGAUACCAAGAGCUGGUGCAUUUGGACAUCUGUGCGCCUGGCUGUGGAGGUGACAGGCUGGAUGCCAUAGACCCGCUGCUGCCCGCAGAGACGGAGGUGAUGGAGCGAGACGCAGAUAAGGAUGCGAGGAGGAAGAUUCAGUUCUCCGUGCCUUCCUCCGUGCCCACCCAGCUGGACCCGCGACAGGUGGAGAUGAUUCGACGUCGGAGGCCGACACCAGCUACACUCUUCAGAUUGACAGAUCCACCCUCACCAGAGGAGGACAGCGGCCCACAUCAGUGGGUUCUGGGAGAAAAUGGCUUGAAAGCCAAACUGGUCCACGCGUCAACCUACCAGCCGCCCUCACUUAAAGCUGUCCAGAGGAUGGCCCAGGCCCAUCUGGCCUCCCUAGAUAUGACCUCUGUGGAUAAAGAGGAGCCCUCCUCUGGGGAGGAGGAGGAGGAAGGUGAGAAGAAGAGCCAGCAGCCAGACUCAGCUACAGAUCUAAAAGAAGAAGAAAACAAACCACUCAGGGAUCAGUGUGCUCUGUCGCAGGUUUCAAUGGUAGGCGCUGAUCUUAGCUGUCGCCACAGACAUGAAGAGAAGGCCAAAGAAAGAGAGGAAGGAAAGGGAGAAUGACAAAAGAAGACUGCUCUGAUGGAGAACUGACUUCCAUAGCACGUGUAUGGACCAUGCGUGUGCGUGCAUGGGUGUAUGUAUGAAUGUGCGUUACAUGGGUCUGUAAGUGUGUGCAUGCAUGCGACAAAAAAGUUGACUGUGGAAAACAGAGGGAGAGGAAAACAGACGGGCACCGAGAAAGGUCCGAAUGUUAAUGAGCAGGUAUGAGGAAAAGUUUAACCUGAGACUUUGUGAGGGAAAUCACGUCUCGGUCAGCCAAGGAAGCCAGGGCUAAAUUCCAGUCAGCCAAGGACAUUGCACAAGAAAUAAAAGAACUUCUAAGAACUGCAGUAUUUUUCUCUUGCAGUUAGGUGUGUUUUUCAAUAGGAUUCAACAGGAUUACAGAUAUCAACAUGUGUUCUGACAAAAAUAUCUAUGUGUGAACAAUCAGAUUCAGAAUUACCUUUAUUUGCAUAGUGCACAUAUUGUACAGAGCAUUUCACUACAUUGGUGCUAAAACACACACCUCACAUACAAUCAGAAACAGCUGAAGAUGCAUAUGUCUCAGGACAGGACCUCCAUUUGAUGCAAAGGGACGAUUAAAAUGCACUUGAAAUUACCAUAUAUAUACUGUACAAAAAUGCAGUUUUACAAUUCUGUUUUAUCCGUUGUGUUGUGGCAGUGUAGUGUUGUUGCAGCAGAGAAGCAGUGCUGUUUGAGGGAUGUGAUGAGGUUGUUGUCUCAUACUGUGUGGGCAGAAACUAUGAAUAAGGUCCUGGGGUUAGUAUAUAGAUAUGAUACACUUUAUUAUUAAAUUAUAGUCAAGGAAAGCAAAGCAGGAUGAACUACAGGUGAUCUGAACACAGUCACAGCCACGGCAGACCAGAUUAAAUCAUAUCAGCCUAAUCCAACUAAUCAUGAUAAUGCAGCAUAGUCUUUCUGUUUUCAUAUUAUGAAUGGGCUUUUUGUAUCACAGCGAUUAGCAAGCAUGAUCUGUGUGGGAUUGUAAGGAUGAUACUGUAGGCAGGAGGUGUAUUUUCAAAAAUAAUAUAUUGAUGAUGAGUAUGAAGGUUCAUUCAUGACCCUGUAUAUAAACCAUGUUUU